CUUAUCAGUGAUGAGACUAUACUAUACUUUAGAUAUGUGUUCCUUUACUUCAGCGGCCCAGCAAUACUUGUAUUCGGACUAGGCUCCAACAUCUUCAACAUGAUCGUCUUCACCAGAAUGGGACUCAAAGACAGCGUCACCUUAUCUCUGUUUUCACUCGCGAUUUCCGACUUCUGUUUUCUAUCCAUCAGCGCGAUGAUACGGUCUGCUCUGAUCGUCUUACUAUUCCCCGAGGUAGCCCCGCAGAGUAUAAGCCUUUUUGAUGUCGCCUACGCCAGUUACUGGUACAGUACCGUGUUCUUCGACACGUCCAUGUUGAUUCGGGUCUACACCGCCGUGACUCGUGCGUGCUGUGUGGCCAUUCCGUUAACUUUUAAAAACACGUUCACUAAAACAGUCACUUUGUACGUGAUGUGUGCUGUGUUUUCUGUAUCAAUUGCGACUCGAAUGCCCCUUCUGGCCUGUCAGGACUUUCAGAGCGUCUUCGAUAGAAAAACGAACACCACGAGAAUUGUGCUUUACUUCACGCCCCUGCGACCAGCGGCCCUCGCAGUUAACGACAUUUUCAGCAAAAACAUCAUCACGUGGGGAUCCAUCGGCCUCGUUCUCACUUCCCUCUUUGUUUUAAAGUUUAAGCUCGUCUCUGCGGCUAAAUUUAGGCACGGAAUGAAAUCUGGACACGCGACAUCAGAGCCGAAUUCGCGGGACAAACCAAGUCAACCAAUAAUCAUACAGCAGCGUGAAAGAAAGCCACAAAGCAAAGUCUCGUCAUUACCAACAAAUGAGAAGUCACGCAGUUUCCUCGUCGGUAAAGAUGUCCAGGUGUUGAAGGUGGUGAUACUCGUGUCCGUCAUCUUCAUCGUCUGCACGUUCCCGCAGGUUGUGCCGAGUGUGGUCAGGCGACUGGUCCCCGAGUUUAACGUGGGCGGCCGUUACGGGAUUGUCUUCGAGGUCGUUUCCAUCGUGUUCGAUAACGCAUCCUUCCUGAACUCAAGUCUCAACGUGUUUGUCUAUUACAGUUUCAAUACUAACUUCCGGCACGUCGCCAGGAGACUUUUCAACAUGUCCAUGGCAGGUAAAAACUGA